CCGCUGGAUCCAAGUGGCGCUGAUAUCGUCCCUCUGUGAUCGCUGCCGCUUCGCGCUGUGCUUUUCUCGACUUUUCGCCAAUUUUUAGUUUUCCUUCACGUUUUUCGCCACUUUUGAACUUAUCCUACGCUCGGCUGGCGUCUCUGAUCUCUCGGGACCCCAUUAUUUUGCAACUCAACCCAAUCCAGCAAAAUGACCAGUGGUUGCAGGUCCAAAAUUGAGCUGGGCGACGUGACUCAACACAACAUCAGACAGCUGAAAAAGCUCAACCAGGUUGUCUUUCCCGUCUCCUACAAUGACAAAUUUUACAAAGAUGUCUUGGAGGCCGGUGAACUCGCUAAAUUAGCUUAUUACAAUGACAUAGUGGUUGGCGCCGUGUGCUGCCGCAUAGAUCUUUCUGAGAAUUCAAGACGGCUUUACAUCAUGACCCUAGGCUGUCUGAAGCAGUACAGAAGACUCGGAAUUGGCACCAAGAUGGUCGAGCACAUUCUCAACUAUGUUCAGGCUGAUGGCAAUUUUGACAGUAUUUUUCUGCAUGUGCAAGUGAACAAUGCCAGCGCGAUUGAGUUCUACAAGAAGUUUUCUUUUGAAAUUGUGGAGACAAAGGAGCACUAUUACAAACGCAUCGAGCCGGCCGAUGCGCAUGUCCUGCAGAAAACCCUGAGACCAUGCAACGGACUUCCAAAUUCUGCCAAGUCUGAUUCCACUGCUGACGCUUCGAGUGAAAGCUCCAAUUAAUUUAAUUACUCGCUGGACCUGCUAAGCAAAAACGACACGUCUUGAGUUGUGAAUACUCGAUCAAUUUUCAUUAAGAAGUUGUUACACUAAAAGGAAAAUCAAAUUCGUAGUUCUGGAAAUUCUCUCUUCCAUUCAUUUUUCACUUUCUAAUACACUUUUGAGAUGAAAUGAAAAGUUAUUGUAAGAAUUGUCAUUUUGAUAACAAACGUUGUGUCGCUUGUUGACGAUAACUCGCAACAAGUGAAGUAGCAAA